GUCUCGGAGAGCAUUGAGCGAAAUGCGGCCGCAGCCGUUUGGCCACAUUUGUUUGCGGCCGGUCCAUCGGCAUUUACGAUUCCGCAGAAUGGCGCCUUGGCGGAUCCGAGUGCGUUCGCAAGCGCUGUGGCGGCAGCCGCUGCUUCGGCAGCCGUAGUGGCCGGAGCGAAUCCGGAGCUAGCACAUGCGCAACAACUCCAGAAUGCAUACCUAUCCUACCUGUUGAGUUCUUCACUCUCAAGCGCACAUCCGAAUGCAGUCGCAUCACCGUUACGUGUAAUGGCCUCACCGCACGAUAAUAAUGGUUCGUUCAUUUCAACAUCCUAUUUCUCGACUAUUUUCCAGAGUAACAACAAGACAUCGCCUCAAUUCGACAUGUUAAUAGCAGUAUCACCGAUAAUCUGUUAG